AUGUCUGACCAAAAGUUCACCCUCCCUCCCCUUCCUUAUGAUUACAAUGCCCUCGAACCCGUCAUCUCCUCCCAGAUAAUGACCCUGCACCACACAAAGCACCACCAGACCUACGUCAACAACCUCAAUGCCGCCUUCGCCUCGCAAGCAACCGCCCUAUCCACGCAAAACAUCCCCGAACUCAUCGCCCUGCAAGCAAAGAUCAAAUUCAACGGCGGCGGCCACAUCAACCACUCCCUCUUCUGGAAGAACCUCGCCCCCUACGAGAGCUCCGCGACGAAGAUUGACUCUGCGGCUCCUACACUCAAGGCCGCCAUCGAGGCGCAGUUCGGCUCCGUUAAUGAGCUCAUAAAGGCGUUUAAUGCUGUUCUUCUAGGUAUUCAGGGCAGUGGAUGGGGGUGGCUUGUUGCUGAUAAGGUGGGGGGCAAGUUGGAGAUUGUGACGACCAAGGAUCAGGAUCCCGUUACGGGGGCUGUUCCUGUUUUUGGGGUUGAUAUGUGGGAGCAUGCGUAUUAUCUGCAGUAUUUGAAUAAUAAGGCUGGGUAUGUGGAGGGCGUUUGGAAGGUGAUUAACUGGGCGGUUGCGGAGGGGAGGUAUGUUAGUGGUGUUGAGAGUGAGGUUGGGGGUGUUAAGCUUUGA